GUCUCUUUCUUUCUUCUUCCCACCCCCACAUCAGUUUGAAGAAGGGUCUCGACCCGAAACAUCGCCUAGUCCUUCGCUCCAUAGAUGCUGCCUCACCCGCUGAGUUUCUCCAGCAUUUCUGUCUACCUGUCACCUAUCCAUGUUCUCCAGAGAUGUUAACUGACCCGCUGAAUAAUUCCAGGACUAUGCGUCUUUUUUUUUAGUAAACUCCGUAGUUCCUCGGUUCUAACCUUCACACCAUGCAGAUCCUAAAGCAAGUCUGAUAACAGCCUCAGUCAUACCCCCGGUCAUUGGCAAGGAAUGUAACCUGAUCAGCGGGUCCCGAAUGCUCCACCUCCACCUGAUGCAUUACUUUGUUGUUUGGGAAACUAUUGCAAUCAAUGUGUACUGUAUAAAGACUAGGUUAAUGCUAUUUGACGCGACAAACCCCUUUGCAGAACCGGGAACUUCAACCUGCUCCCGGCCAUGGUCGGCUUCAAUCCUUGCCAAGGCUAGAUUCGCUGGGGGCAGCAGUAGCACGAUAUACUGAAGCGUUGUCAAACUGCCGAUCCUGGCACAGUCAGAGGGUGUGGGAGAGAGAGAGAGAAAACUAGGUGAAUCUCAGUCCGCCCCCUCAAUUUAGAGUUUAGGCUGCUGAUUGGGAGCGUCCAGCGAGUAGAAGCUGUCACCUUUUGAAGCUGACGGGGCACUCCCCGGAAAACAUCCGACAAUAAAGCCUGUGAACAGAUCGGCUCCGACAAGCAAGGCUGGCUGCUUUCAGCACCGGAUAGACACAGUCACCGCGCCAGCGCCGAGUAUCAACAAAGUUCGCGGUUUGACAGGUUGAAGCAGACCCCAACGGUAUGAACGCUGACCGGCCACCUCCCCUAGAAUGAACAUUACACUGCUCAGAUCCUAGUGCAGCCACCUCCGACAGAAUGGCUCUCCAAAGAUGGCAGUGUUGCAUUUCAAUCAUUUGGAUGCUUCCUAAAGCUCGUAUUUCAUUUUUCCCUGCAAUCUUAUUUAUCCUUUUCUCUCUACUCCAAGUUCCUUCAGCUACACCCACUAGCCUUAAAGGUCAAAAGGCAGUUUUCCGACAUUCCAACAUAACCAAUGAAUAUUGGACCUUGUCACCAGGAACGAAGAUCCCUUCUCUUCAGGCCUUUACACUAUGCGUUGACAUCAGGCUAAAAGAGAUGAGUGCCAAUGGAGUGGCAGUAUUCACCUACAACACAGACAAACAGACUCAAUCUGCCGCACUCAAGCAUGAACUUAGCAUCAUGGUGGAAAGUAAAUACAUAGUCAUCUGGUUGUUCCGUAAGAGUUUCAGGGUGAAGAAAAUCCUUCCCUUACAUACAUGGCAUUCUUUAUGUUUAACGUGGAAUUCUCAAAGUCAUACCGCUCAGAUCUACGUGAACGGAACAUUGGAGGAUGAUAAAAAACAGGGUAAGAAAAUACUUGGCCAAAACGGGAGCCUGGUGCUUGGGAGGAGGCACAGACGAUUGGCAGAUCGACUGCAGGUGGACCUCGAGAUGGCAUUUGUUGGAGAAUUGUACUUGUUCAGAUUAUGGGACCAUGAAAAAUCUAGUCGGUCUAUAGCUAAUCUGAACUGUGAAGACGGGAACAUCAUCACCUGGGACAGAGAGCAGUGGGCCUUCACCGGAACAAUCUUGGAAGAUGACACCACAUUGUCCUGCUGUGAAAAUUGUUUCAAAUUGCGUUUCAAACAUUCAGCAGAAUAUGAACACCACGGUGCAAGAAUCUCAAGGAGAUUGCUUGCGACUGGCUCUACAGACUCUAUGAACACCACAGUUACUACCAACACCCUCACAUCGAUCACAACAGAUGUGGAGUCUACCACCACUCCCAGCGAGAAUAUUACAGGAAACAAUACAGAUAACCAAACUCUGAGCAUGAUGACAGUUCCACCAAACACAACAGCUACAGAGUCUACUACCACUCUCAGCUGGAAUAGUACCAAAGCCGAAACAGGAAACAACAAUGGUGAAAAAACAAGGGAGACUAAACCUACAAAGACUCCAGGAAACGGAAAUCCCCCGCCGAGGCAAACGACUGCAGAGAGGAGCACAUACGCUGUGACAACACAACUACAAAAUACCGCAGGGAGCAGCACAUACACUGCGACAACACAACUACAAAAUACCCCAGAGAACAGCACAUACACUGCGACAACACCACUACAAAAUACCGCAGAGAGCAGCACAUACACUGCGACAUCACAACUACAAAAUACCACAGGGAACAACACUGCUACUUUGACAUCACGUCCGCAAUUUACCGCAGAUGUCACCAUUAUCAAUGUGACAAAACCAUCACAUAAUAUAACAGAUGUAAUCAUUAUCAAUGCGACAAAACCAUCACAUAAUAUAACAGAGAGCAGCACAUACACUGCGACAACACAACUACAAAAUACCACAGGGAACAACACCGCUACUUUGCCACCACAUCUGCAGUUUACCAAAGAUGUCAUCAUUAUCAAUGUAACAAAACCAUCACAUAAUAUAACAGACAGUGCACCGUCGGAGCCAACAACAACCCUAAACAUUACAGCACUGGAUGAGGCUGCAGUGGCUGCAAUCGUGUCCCAGUUGGAGGAGGUUUUGCAAAUGGAGGCUAUUAGUACAGGCCUUGCAAUGGAACUUAUUGGCAGGAUAAGCGCCCUCCUCAGUGCCUCCCCUGAUGUUGUUGCUUCAUUUUCCACAAGACUGAUACGGAGUGUGGACACGAUAGGGCUGAGGUUGAAUUUCACAACUGAAUCAGUAAACAUCACCUCAUCAUCCUUGGCGCUGGCUGUUUCCAAAGUCAACGGCACAGGCUUCGGUGGGGCCGACUUCCGCAUCCGUAACAUUACCAACCUGCAGGUUUCCCUGGAUGAAGGAACCACUGAAGAAAACUUUGCAGCUAUUAAACUGCCAUCUUCAUUACUGAACAACCUGACAUCAGAGGAUCAGGAGAUAGCUUCAAGAGUUCAAUUCACCUUCUAUGAAAGAGCAACACUCUUCCAGGAUCCCAGCAUGGAGAAUACAACUAUCUUGAACAGUUACAUCAUUGGAGCCAGCGUUGCAAACCUUAGUAUCGCUAACUUGAUGGACCCAGUCCGAAUCUUAUUCAGGAACAUUGAGCCCACUGAGAAUGAUACUUAUGUACAGUGUGUGUUCUGGGACUUCAGUAAAAACAAUGGUAGCGGUGGAUGGAAUUCAGAUGGUUGCACAACAGAAUCGAGUUCUUCCAAUCAGACAAUAUGUGAAUGUGACCAUCUCACACACUUUGGAAUCUUACUGGCUCUUUCCAGAGAUUUUAACAUCGAUGCAAAGAACAACCAGAUCCUUACUUUCAUUACGUAUAUAGGCUGUGGCCUGUCCUCAAUUCUGCUGGCUGUAACACUGGUGACCUACCUAGCUUUUGACAAACUCCGCAGGGACUAUCCCUCAAAAAUCCUUAUAAAUCUCUGUGCCGCUCUGUUGCUCCUCAACAUGACGUUCCUCAUUGAUUCGUGGAUUUCGGUCUACAAUAUAGAUGGUCUAUGUAUUGCAGUGGCUGUACUCCUCCAUUAUUUCCUGCUGGUUUCCUUCACAUGGAUGAGCCUUGAAGCCUUCCACAUGUACCUGGCUCUUGUUAAAGUUUUUAACACGUAUGUGCACAGAUACAUGUUGAAAUUCAGCAUCAUUGGCUGGGGUAUUCCCAUUAUAGUGAUUGCCAUCGUCCUCAUCAUUAGCCCAAACAACUAUGGGCUUGGAGAUUAUGACAAGAACACCAACUCCACCUAUGACACAUUCUGUUGGAUCAAUGAUGACACCACGUUCUAUGUUGCUGUAGUCGCUUAUUUCUGUGUCAUGUUCCUCCUGAACGUCAGUAUAUUUAUUGUCGUGAUGAUUCAAUUUUGCCGGAUCAAAAACCAGAAGCAGCAUAAAAAUACAGAGAGGAACGUGUUACAGGACAUGAAAAGUGUGGCGGGCCUCACCUUCCUGCUGGGCAUAACCUGGGGAUUUGCCUUCUUUGCAUGGGAACCAGUUAACAUUCCAUUUAUGUAUCUCUUUGCCAUCUUUAAUACGUUGCAAGGAGCUUUUAUCUUCGCUUUUCACUGCCUAUCCAAAGAAAAUGUUCAGAAACAGUGGAGGAGGUAUCUAUGCUGCGGCAAGCUGAGGUUGGCGGAAAAUUCAGAUUGGAGCAGAACGGCAACGAAUAAUACAAAGAAGCUGCAGCCCCUGGUCCAAGCUAUAUCAUUGUCUUCGACGUCGAAUAGCUCCUUACAGUCUAACUCCUCCUUAUUUCUAGUUCAAGAGUACGGCAAACAUCCCAAAAUGAACGGUGCUAAGUUUUAAAGCAGUCACUUCACAGUGCCUCAAGCAUGAAAUUUGCUGCUGUGACUGAGAAAAUAUGCCCUUCCCUACUUGCCAAGAAACUUCUAGUCAAAUGUGGAUCUUGAAGUGAGGCAUGGACCACAAAAUAGACCCCACACGAGGGAGCAUUUGAGGAACCAUGAAUGAAUGUGGAAACCAACCAACUUUAUGAGAAGUUCCCAAAAUAUUUUUUUAACAAAGGUUUCAUAGAUGACAUGCCAAUGCAUAUCCAACAUAACAGAGGUGGCAAACUGGAUCUUCCUGAAUAAACAUUGGAAUGUACAGUGCAAUCUUGAUUCCAGAGAGAAGUUUGAACUAAAGACUUGAUUGCAUUUUGUUGCAUAUCCUUAGAUCUUUAUGGCUUAAUGGCCGGUGUCUGCAAAACUAUUUUAAACAGUGUGACAUUUUUGCAGUUCUUAUUAGCUGUAAUGAGAUUUUAUGCACAAGGCAAAUCUUUCUAUGUUAUUUUGUGGAUGUUAAUUUUAAUGAUAAAAGACAAUUAGUUGGUGUUUAUAAUUGUGAGAACCUUGCUGCAAAUCGCCCGUUAUGAAGUCACUAGCUGCUGUUGAGAUUUGACCCAAAUGCUGACAAACUGCAGAGUUAUAAAUGUAUAUAUGAAGUUGAUAUUGCAGUACUAGUUUCGUGGUGUGGUUGAAUAUUUAUUUUUUGAUAACUUCAGGUGAUAGUUGAUCAGAGCCAGACUGAUUACACCUGAUAAUAUCAUUUAUUUGCAGUUAUCUGGUGCAGAAUCAGUCAGGAGGCCUCUGUGAGGUCCAUCAGGAUUCUUUUGUAUAAUCGUACCCAUUAAUGAGUUCCUUCAACACGAUCUUAGGCCAGCAAUAGGGAUACAACUAACAAAACCAACCCUGCUGCAUCUUUCCUAAUGUCUUUCACGAGUUUCCAUGUGCUAGAUUAUUUGGAAUGUUUGGGAUUAUUUAUCCUGUCUGCACCAUGUCAAUGUAUGAAUGAAGCAAUGGUAUUGUCACCCAUUCUUAAACUUUCAAUUAAGCAGAUUUAACUUUAAAUUUCCACAUAUUCGUAGUUCAAGAGACCAACAGAUUGGUUCAUAGUUCUGCUCCAUAAAGUAUGCUUUCAAUAACAUUGCACUCUUCCAUCCACUCCUAAUGUUGUGCAUGCCUGGUUGCCCAAAUUAAUUACUGUUUUGAGUCUAUUUAUUCUUCCCUAAGAUUGCAGGGUUCCCUUAGUUAAUUAUCUAUGUGUACAGCAAUAUAUUGAGCGGAUUUAUAAGCGUAGAGGAAACUGAACUAAAUAGAGUGCUGCAUCUCAGGUGGCCAUGUAAAAAUUUCAGCUAGUCGCUUUUGUGAUGUUUAGCAGGAGCAGACACUAGUUCAGUCUCAGCUGUUUUUCCUAAAGUCACAAUAUUGCCCAGACUGUGUAUUGAACUGCAAAGAAAUUUCAGAAAUAAAUUACAAUGCAGAGCCGCUAGAUUAUUAUGCAUUCAAAAUAUGCAUUAUGCAAGCAAUCAAAAACAGAUUUCUAACCCAAAGAAUAUCUUAGAUGGAUCCUAACUCUCUUGGACUCCAACUCCUCACCCCCACCCCAUCCCCAUUAAUAAUCAGACCAAAAAAAAAAAAAAUAGACGUAGCACAACGUUAGGGAUGAAGGUCCCAAAUCCAUUGUCCCAAACCCUCAGGGAUGAAUGAGCAUUAUCCACUAUAACUGAGAGUUUUGUAGUCCUGUGUACAUCCUUGCCUACCAACAUGCUUCACAGCUGCCAGUCAAUUAUGCCAGGAAACCCAACAAGACUGAUCCCCUCUCCCGUAUCACAUGGCUGUGUGUUUGUGCCACAGUGCGGUGUCAGAAAACUUGCAGGGAAGACUGGGAGUUAUGGCCACCGACAAACUCAGUGUGAUCUGCCCCACUAUUUUGUUGCCAGCUUGGUUGCAAACACUGCAAACUGCAUGACCGAACUACACUACAUAAUAUCAGUUCCACUACUGUACUUGUACCACCUGGGCACCCCUGUUCAGUGGCAAUUGGAAAAUGAGCAAAUACUAAAAGGUACUAAAUACUAAACUAAAAGAUUUAAAAAUAUAUAUAACAGUAGUGGGGGAAGAAGAAACUUGAUCUUUAAGGAGACCAUUCUAACUUUGGGUGAUAGUGCCUGCCCACGUUAGUGCCUGCCCAUUGACACCAGGAGUAACUUACAGUGGACAGUGAAUGAUACCCACAUAUCUUUGAGAGUUUAGUUUAGAGAUAUAGCGCAGAAACAGGUACUUUGGCCCACCGAGUCCUCACCAACCAGCGAUCCACACACAUUAACACUACUCGACAUACAAUUGGGGACAAUUUUUAUAUUUACACCGCCAAUUAGCCCACAAAUCUUUGGAGUGUGGGAGGAAACUGAAGAUCUCGGAGAAAACCCACGUAGGUCACGGUGAGGACAUACAAAUUCCAUACAGACGGCACCCCUAUUCAGGAUUGAACCCAGGUCCCUGGCGCUGUAAGGCAGUAGCUCUACCGCUACGCCACCGUGCUGCCAAUCUUUGGGAUGUGUGAGAAAACCAAAACCUCUGGAAGCUGAGUCAAAAGGAGAACAGGCAAACUUCACACAGGCAGCACCUGAGGUCAGGAUUGAACCUGGCUCGCUGGAGCUAUGAGGCAACAAAGCCAACCAUUGCACUACCGUGCCUCCAAUCCUAGACUUAGUAGCAAUACUGCUUUUAAAUAAGCAUCCUGUAAGUAAGAUUAUUUAGCGUUUUGUAAUAUUUAACAACCCUGUGAAAUUAAGAUGAUCAUGCUAAUCCAUAAAUUUGGAUAAGGUAUAAAUACCGAGUGCAUCCUUCGAUGCUCGGUAUUGCUUUAAAGCUCAUCGGUGACCAGAUAUGUUAAGUAUUAUUGUCGAUCCAAUGUAAGAAAAUCAAUAUGAAUGAUGACGGAUAACUGUAUAUUCUUUUCAUGAAAAAUAAAUCAAUUACA